AUGGCCAUUUCGGCGAAUAAGAAGCAGUAUCCGGCCUGCCCAGAUGGAGGCUGGGGCUGGAUGGUGGUUUUGGGUUCCUUCAUGAUACAUGUGAUAGCCGAUGGAAUAAUCUACAGUUUUGGAUUGUUCUACUACGAGAUUGCCAAGCACUUUGCAGGGGGCAAAGCUGCCAGCUCAAUGGUCGUCUCGCUGAUGAAUGGAAUGACUUAUUUUAUUGGUCCAAUAGCUAGCGCUUUAACAAUCAAAUUUGGAUGUCGAUUGGUGACUAUUGCCGGCGCCAUUUGCACCAGUGUUGGAUUUUUUCUCAGCGUAUUUGCUCCAAAUGUUUACACACUUUAUUUCACCAUUGGAAUCUGUGGUGGUUUUGGUUUUGGCUUGAUGUACCUUCCAGCAAUUGUGAUCGUCACAUCUUAUUUUGAAAAAAGACGUGCUUUUGCUACUGGAAUUGCAGUCUGUGGUUCAGGAAUCGGAACGGCCAUAAUGUCUCCUCUUAUUGAGUAUCUCAUCGAUGAAAUGGGCUGGAAAGGGGCAAUGCUGGUGGUUGCAGGUGUAAUGCUGCUGUGCUGUCUUUUUGGAAUUCUCUUCAGGCCGUUGCCUCCCAUUGUGGAAACUACGCCAGAGUACAGCUCAACGAGUGGCAUUGAAGGAAAAGAGACAAAUGAAAAAACCGAGUUCAAUUUGACCAUAGUCCCUAGCAUCAUUGAAGAGGAAGAGGACGCUGACGAAAGUGUAGGCGCAAUGUCUCAGAGUGCACCGCGUCUCUCGAUGCCACACGAAAAGGAGAUUCGUUUUCCAAAAAGCAACUGCAAGCCAGCAAAAAGCUUCAUUUACGAUAUUUAUGGUGUUUAUGAUGUGGGCUUUUACAUAAUUG